UGUACACCCGCCUGAUGACGUCAGAGGAAGAACAGGCUGGCUUCUCGCGAUAAAUCCCGAGUUGACCUUGUAGCAACAGAGCGAUGGGUUACUGGGAUGUUCCUGAUGGCAGCGACUGCGUGGAGAAAACAUGGAUCAGCACCAAACUGGGAACCGCUCUGGGUCUGGUUGGGUCAGCCUAUCACAUCGUGGCCUUCCAGCCUGACUCUGCGUUAGCGGCGGUGCAGAGAGCGGCCGGAGGGACGGUCACCAUGGCCACCAUGGGAGCCAUCUUUGGAAUGGCGACCUGUCUCAGCGCUCAGGCCCGCGAGGCUCCAGACGACCCGCUGAAUUACUUCAUGGGAGGCUGCGCCUCGGGAAUCUUCCUGGGAGCCCGCACCCACAGCGCCAUGACUGGUACCACAGCCUGCCUGGGUCUGGGAACGCUGGCCUUUUUCACUAAAGUUGGCAAAAUGGAAGGAUGGAGGAUAGCUGGACCUCCUAAGCUGUAGGAGGCGCUGUACAAAGACUUGAUCUAAUAAAUAAACUGCUGGUUAAAGUGA